GAGGUAAAUAAAUAAGUAGGCACGUAAUAAUGAGAGUGUGUAAUUGUAUGUAAAUCCUUAAGUAUUUGGUUUGUUGCGAAGAAAUGCGUGGUUUGUUGGAUAGAAGGAAGUUUGUUGCUGCAAAUUCGGGAUUGUGCAAUCUCAACUAUUUAGCAUUCCGUCCUGGUCCAGGUCUUCCCGUGACUGACAGUAGCUCUUAUGUAGCUCGAUCGUCGUUACUUUCUGCGUUGAAGUAAUUAAUUCUACUUGUCAUGAAAGCGACAAUUGAUUGGUUGGAGACCAAGGUGUGGUUUCGGGUAGUUUUGCUCAUCAUUUCGUACCUGUUACUGCCUAUCAUCUAUUUUUCCACUGCGAUCCCCCUCUUGUUGUACAGACUGCUUGCUGUGGGGACGGCGGCAUGGUUUCGCCCGGGUUUUGUGGCACUAUCUCCGGAAAGUGGACUGACCACGGUGGACAAUUUUUACACGGACGGGGAAGUUGAACAUGCCGUUGUGGGGUGUCACUAUACGGACAAAGUGAUCCAGAGGAAAGAUGUGGUUGAAAGGAUGCAAGAAGUCAUCAAUAGUAGGAGGUUUCCAGAACUUCAAAAAAGUCUGCACCGCUGGAUGGGCUUAUGGUUCUGGGGUGGGUGCCCCACAUUUAAAUUGGAAUCACACAUUCGAUCGAGGCCGGAUGUAAAGACGUUGGAGGAGGUUCAACUAGCGCAGGAUGGUCUCUGCCGGGUAGCAUUUCUGACCAACGCUCCCCUCUGGGACAUCACCCUCUUUCCCAAUUAUGUCGAUGACGAGGGUGGGUCUGCCUUCUGCCUCCGGGUGCAUCACGCCUUGACUGAUGGGGUUGGUCAUGUCGCCCUUCUUAACGCGAUCGGUGGCAUUGAACCACCUCCGCAACAGCCACCCCCAAACUUCUCCGAGGUAGCCAUUUCCUGGCUAAAAUACUUUGUCGACCUUAUCCGAAUCUUCACCCUACAUCAAUACGCCUUAUCAAUCGCCUUCCUACAAGAUUACAAUUUCAACGCGUGGAUAAAACCACCCCAACUUCGCUCGAGGAAGGUUCACUUUUAUGAGAGCCACACCCUCGAGCUAGCCACGCUUAAAAAAGCAUCAAAAGCUACUGGGCACACAGCAUCGGAAGUGCUAAUGUGUGCUUUUGCAACGGCGAUUCGACAGGACAUGGAGGGUGCCGGUGACCCCGUCCCCUUGGCGAUGAGUGCGAUCCACCCUCUCGCAAAACCUGGGCAUCCCGGGACCUUGACGAACCACGCGUACAUGAACACACUCGCCCUCCCAGUUGGAGUAAAAGACAGGAAGGCACAAUUAGCUCAAUUAGCCGGGGACUACAAAUUAAAGAGAUGCACGGCACUCUUGGUAAAUUUGAGUGUCACCCUUUUCGGGAUUUUCUUACAGUUGUCGCAGUAUCUCCCAAAAGUUGGGCCGUAUACGACGUUAGCGGUAACAAAUUUUGCGCUGUCGUCCAAACCAUGGCAUUUCUUUGGGGCGGAGAUUAAAAGAACGAGCUUUGUGUUUGACAUGUCAGAACAUGUUCCUCUGGUCGCAAUGUUUAUUGGGUAUCGGGAAAAGAUGUUUAUCUGGGUCAAGUGCAGAGAAGAUGUGAUGAGGACGCAGGAGAGGCCGAAGAAGAUGGUGGAAGCCAUCGUUCGAGAAGUCCAUGACAUGGCGAGAGUUAGUUGAAUGAUGUGUAUUGAGAAACUAGAUAUUAAUUGAUGAGCCUACUAUUUUUUGCAGUAUUCUUCUCAUUAUUUGCUACACUGCCUAUGUACAUGCAGCUUCUAAAUACUUUACAAUAAUUGGGUUAUAAAAUUGUUCAUCAAUUUUUUAAAUCUUCCGAGAAAAUAUAAUUAUUAAAAUAUAAAAAUUUAUCUAAAAAAACUAAAUUUUAUUUUGUGAGAAAGCAGUGUCAUUAGGAAUUCACCCGUAACAUACAUAUGUGUGAUUACAUAAAUAUUAAUAAGUAUUGUUAUAA